GCAGAAGAUCGCACAGUGAUGCAAGCAGCAAGCUUUGGCGACGUCGUCUUCGCACUGCCCCACGUCGCAGGCCUCGUCUUCGCCUACCAGCGUGGGCUCUACGAAGACGUUCGCGACCGGUUCCGGGACUACGAAGGCCUUGUCGAGCUGCAUGGCACCGGCGACAGGUACAUGCUGGACGUGGCCUUUAGCACGUCGCUCGCACGUGCGCCCGCGGCGCUGAGCACAUGGCGGCUCUGUCUGCGCGCCAACAAGAAGCGCGAUCCUCGCUUCCCACUGCAUGUCGCUGUGUGCGAAGGCGACGCCCGCGCCACGCUGCGCAUUCUCGCGUGCCGCCGGGACCUCGCGUCCGCCGGUGCCAUCGUCGCCGCGCUCCUGCAUGACCGCUUGGACAUUGCCGAGCUGCUCUUGGACCUGCGCGCAAGCGCAUUGCCAGAGCUCUGGUCCAACCCGUCGCGGAUUCCGUUCUUUGAGCUCCUUCCCGACCUCGCUCUGCCGUUCGCGCAGCGGGACGACCCAACGGCGUUGGCACUCUUUCUCCGGCUCCGCGAUGACGCAUGGCCGCGCGAUCUCGUGCGCGACGUUCUGCGCUCGGGCCAUGCCCACAGCGUGGCCCACGUACUACAACACGUACCGUACGCAGCAUGGCGCAAUGACAUUGCCGCCAGCAGCCUGCGUCUCAAGCCGUACCUCGCACAGCUUGAUUUGCGCAGCGGCCGCGCUUCGCCUCUCACGCUCGACCGCGCGGCCGCCAGCGGGUACUUGGACGUAGUGGAGAUGCUGCUCGCGCAAGCGCCUGCCAAUAGCACUGUCCAGCGCGCCCUCGAGCUCGCGGCCGCCAACGGCCACCGCCGCGUUGUCGAGUGCCUCUAUGCACGAGGUGCUAGCAGUGUGCAGGCGCUCGAUGCUGCGGUCGCCAACGGCCACGUGCUCGUCGCGCGGUUUCUUCUGGUGCACCACGUCGACGGCGCCUCGUGCUCGGCCAUGGACCGGGCAGCCGCGAAUGGACACACUGCGAUGCUCCUGGCUCUCGAUGCCCUCGGUGUCUUGCGCUGGACCCAUGCGGCACUGGAAUCGGCGGUAGUCAACGGCCACGACGAUGUCGUGAGCUUUCUUUUGGCCCACAGUGGAUGGCAGGGCUGCCAACGAGACAGCGUCCUCGUCGCGCGGGCCAUCGAGGCUGGCCGUGCUCGCCUUGCGGCGACCUUGCUAGCGUCCGGUCUCCCCUUCCCAAACCCUGCGCGUUUUUCGCUGAGCCGGUCGCUACGCGGCCGCGAGGCUCUCGAUAUGCUCACGCUUCUGCUAUCGCACAACGUCCCGCUGACGGUGGCGGUCAUGGACGACGCAUGCGCCUCGGGCAACCUCGCGCUCGUGAUGCAGUUGCACGUCCACUCGACGGCCGGGUGCACACAUAGAGCGCUCGAGAAGGCUGCACACGCACAGGCGUGGCCGAUCGUCCACUUUCUCUUGGACCAUCGCAAGGAAGGCGGGACGCCACGGACCGUGCAGAUCGCGCUCCAGCACGAUAGAGUCGAUGUGCUCACGCGGCUCUUGCGCACGCAGCCACAUCUCUUCUCUGAUAAGCUCGUCCGGAGCGCGCUCGAGUCGGAGGCGCCGCUCGCGUCGACGGCGCUGCUCUUGGAGGCUGGCUUUGGUACACCGAGGGCGCUUUUGCUGCGCUAUGGAGGUCGCCGCCAUACGGUGACGAGAAGCAAGAUGCUGCUGCCGUACUGCAUGCACGCCUCCGAUGCCUACGGCAACCUGACGUUUCUUCUGAAGCUCGUGCUUCAACCCAGCCACCAUCGACCGACGAUCCUCAACUUGAUCUCGCACGAGGUCGAGGUCCAAGGCUGGGCAGUCGCCAACGCCGUGACUAAUUUUGAUGACAGAGCACUGGCGGCUCGAUUGAAGCGGCUGUUGGUGUCGGGCGACCGCAUUGACUGGGCGCUUGGUCUUGCCGUGAUAGGGCAGCACACGCUUGCUCGCAAGACGCACCCCCACGCAGCCUGGAUGGACCAUGUCAAGGACCCAGAGCUCAGGACGCUGCUGUAACGAAUGUGUGCACGGCAACUUCGCAAGGACGCUGCUGCCGAUGCAUAGAACCGCGUGCAUGGAACCUUCAAUGUUUGCUGUACUUGCCUA